GGAAGCCAAGGUCUUGUCUCGGCCACCGAGGUCCUCCUGGCAGCUGCUGUCUUCUGCCUGGUCUUCCUGCUCAUCCAGUCCCUCCAGCAGCACGUGCCCCAGGGGCUGAAGAGCCCCCCAGGACCCAGAGGCUUCCCCAUCCUUGGCAACGUGCUGGAGCUGAGGAAGGACACCCACCUGGUGCUGACCAGGCUGAGCCAGCAGUACGGGGACGUGAUGCGGGUCAGGAUCGGCAGCCGGCCCGUCCUGGUGCUGAGCGGGCUGGACACCAUCAGGCAAGCCCUGGUGAAGCAAGGAGAAGACUUCAUGGGUCGUCCUGACCUCUACAGCUUCCAAUACAUUUCAAACGGGCAGAGCCUGGCCUUCAGCCCUGACUCAGGGGAGGUGUGGAAAGCCCGCAGGAAGCUGGCCCAGAACGCCCUGAAGAGCUUCUCCAUCGCCCCCAGCCCCACCUCCUCUUCCACCUGCCUCCUGGAGGAGCACGUCUCCAAGGAAGCUGCCUACCUGGUCACCAAGUUCCUGGAGGUGAUGGACAAGGAGAAGAGCUUUGACCCUAACCAAUACCUGGUGGUCUCUGUGGCCAAUGUCAUCUGUGCCAUGUGCUUUGGCAAACGUUACGACCACAGCGACCAGGAGCUGCUCAGCGUGGUGAGCAUCAACAACGAUUUUGGAGAUGUGGCAGCUUCUGGCAACCCUGCUGACUUCAUCCCCCUGCUCCAGUACCUUCCCAGCCGCACCAUGCAGCUCUUCAAGGACAUCAACAGGCGUUUAAACUGCUUUGUGCAAAAAAUUGUCCAGGAGCAUUAUACCAGCUUUGAUAAGGAGCACAUCCGGGACAUCACGGACUCACUGAUUGAGCACUGCCAGGACAAGAGUGUAGGCGAGGAUGCCCAGGUCCCCCUCUCCAAUGAGAAGAUCAUCAACAUUGUCUAUGACCUCUUUGGGGCUGGCUUUGACACUGUGACAACUGCCUUAUCCUGGAGCCUCAUGUAUGCUGCCUUGUACCCUGACAUCCAGAAGAAGAUCCAGAAAGAACUAGACCAGACCAUUGGCCAGGAGAGAAGACCGAGGCUGUCGGACCGGGGCACCCUGCCCUACCUGGAAGCCUUCAUCCUGGAGAUGUUCAGACACUCCUCCUUCCUGCCCUUCACCAUCCCACACAGCACAACCAAAGCCACAGUGUUGAACGGCUACUACAUCCCCAAGGACACCUGCGUGUUUGUCAACCAGUGGCAAGUGAAUCAUGACAAGAAGCUUUGGAAGGACCCUUCCACCUUCAACCCUGAGAGGUUCCUCAACGCUGCGGGGACCGAAAUAAACAGGAUAGAGAGUGAGAAGGUGAUGACUUUUGGCUUGGGGAAGAGGCGAUGCAUCGGGGAGUCCAUCGGCCGCUGGGAGGUCUUCCUGUUCUUGGCCACCCUGCUGCAGCAGCUGGAGUUCAGCCUCCAGCCCGGGGAGAAGGUGGACAUCACCCCCCAGUAUGGACUGACAAUGAAAUACAAGAGAUGCGAGUGCUUCCAGAUUAAGAAACGUUCCCCCACGAGGAGCUCUCUGUGA